AUGUCGCAGAGCUGGGAAAUCGCGACAGAGCGAAUGUUAUUUUACAUCUCAUGUACUGCCGAGAUGUGUUUCCCAAAUACUCUGAGAGCAGCAAUCAGACUCCAAAAUUGCAUUCGCUCUUUAUCCAGGCUUGCCUCGGCAAAAUACUUCUUCGGCAUUUCUCGUAGCAUUGAGCCGCUCGCCCUUUUGAGAAUUGAUACCGCAUCGCACAACAUUGCGCCGACGAAGAUGUUAGUCACGAGUGAUGAAGUCAUGCUCGCUACACAAAGGGUUCGUUUGAUCUAUGCGCGCCUCCCCGAAAUCCCCGAAAGUUGUUGGCCCGUAUUAUAA